AUGAGCGGCGCGCACAAGCACUUUACAAAUAUUCCAUUUUCGAAUGGUUAUCAGUUAAUUGAAGUAUUAAUUAGCCAUAUUAUUUCGUUAAUACAUUUAUCAAUAAGUAUCGGUUAUUUAUCCGAGUCCUCUGUUAUUGACGGUCAACGUAUGGAAGUUAAUUUAUUAUCGACAUUAUCAAAUUUAAUGGAAUUCAAUUUUUAUUUUCGUUUUCCUUAUAAAAGGCAACAAAAAAAUGAUUCAUUCAUAUUAUCAUUUAAAAGUGAAUAUUGGUUAUUAAAACGAAGACAGAACGUUAUAUGUUAUACAGAUGCGUAUAACCUUAGUUUUUAUCUCUAUUCAUUACCAUUUGUGUUUAGUGAUAUUGAUUGUGUAUCGAAUGGCAUUGAUAAUUAUCAAUCGAAUUUUGAUAAUAAUCUUAACGAUGGCACAUUUCAAUUUGAUAGGGGUAUAUUGUCAAAUACUUCUAUGGUAACACCAAAUGCAUUUGAUUUAUUUAGACCAUUAGAAUAUCGAAUAUUAAAAAUGUUCAGAAAUGCGACAUGUCUUCGAUUUUAUCUUUACAAUUGUCGAGUACUGAUAAACGCUGAUGAAUCGUUGUUUAUACUUGAAAAUAUAAACACAAUCAUUUGUAAAUAUUUAGCUUCAAAUCAGCAACUAUUUGAACAACAUUUUUCUUCAAUGUUACCAAACCUUCGUACUCUGAAGAUUGACGAUGUUAGUAUACAUCGAAUCAUUAAAAAUCUCUCGUGCAUCCCUAUCAACGCUCUGAUGUUCCAACAAAUUAUUGAAUUACAUUUAACGAGUUUAGAGAUUGACGAUGAUGAUAACAAUAACAAUUAUUUACUUCAAUUUCUUCAACAUUUUUCCAAUAUUAAAAUAUUAAAACAAGAUUUUGUAAACAUAAUUAAGAUCCAAACUAUCCAAGCUAGUCUUCGAUUACUACUAGUAAAUAAAAUAUGCUCAUUGUCGAUUAUUCAAUUUUCUUCACAGAACCAUAACAAUGAUAUUGGUAGCGAUGUUGCAGACAUAUUUAAACGACUUUUAACUGAACAUUUUGGCAAUGAUAAUUGUUAUUUGUACAUUGAGCCUUACUAUUUGAAGUUUUGGCGUUAA